AUGGGCGGCGACGGAUCGUCCUCAAGCACCGGCGACCGCGUUCGGGAGAGUUCACUCAUGUGGCCAAUGUUGACCCGCUCCAACUACUCGGAGUGGGCCAUGCUCAUGCAGUGUAACUAUGAAACGCUCGAGAUCUGGGAGACGAUCGAGCCCGGCGGCGAAGGCGUGAAGCGAGCUCAAGAUCGGCAGGCCAUGGGAGGUCUUCUCCGGUCCGUACCCAAGGAGAUGUGGGCGCGCUUUGGAGCCAAGAAAACGGUGAAGGAGGCGCGGGCGGCGGUGAAAAGCAUGAGGUUGGGUCUUGAUAGGGUGAAAGAAGCAUGCCCAAAGGUCUCGCUUGUGGAGUUCGAGAACAUCGCGUUUAAAGACGGUGAGAUGGUCGACGACUUCGCGCUGCGCAUCAAUGCGCUCGCGGAGGAACUGCGUGGGCUCGGGGAGUCCAUCGAUGACGCUCGUGUCGUGAAGAAGAUGUUGCGAGUUCUCCAAGCGCUAUGCCCAAAUUGCGGUGUCCAUCGAGAUAUCUGCUGGAUGUCAAGACCGUCGAUUGAAGAUCCGUGGGGGCGUCGAAAGGCGGCUGAGGACCGGUUCGAGGUCGACUCCGUCACGGAGCGAACCGGGCGUCUCAUGUUGUCAGAGGAGGAGUGGUUGUCCAAGUACCGUCACCGUCUAAUUCUAGAGUCGUCUUCCUCUGGUGGAGGAGAGAAGCAAGGCGGGUACAACCCCGCCAAGCAGAAGGGCGGUGGGCGCGGUGAGAAGGAGCAGUCUGAAGGCGACAUCGGAGGGUACACCACGCACCGCAAGGGAAGGUGA